AUGGGUUCGACAUCAUCCAAGCAGCAAGUUCCACUAAAAGAAAUCCCAAUCAACAUCAAAACCAGCUCAAGAUAUGUGCUAUACCUCAUAUUCACGUAUCCAGAGGGAUCAUCUCAUGGACCCACACCUCUCUGGACGGGAUCGUAUGACGAAAUCAUCCAUGAGAAUCUUUCAUCCAAUACCGUCUUGUAUGGCUGGGGAUCUUGA